AUGACAGUUGAUGUUGACUAUGAGCUGAACUGGAAUAAGGAAAAUAUACCACUAACUGGACAUAAAAAAGAACGAUGUGUUAGAUUCAAUAGUUCUUCAAAACGCGUUGUUUUGAGUGAACUGGAUGGAUGUACUAGCAAAAAGACGGAUACCCCAAAGAAACGUUAUCAGUCGAAUGCAAAACCUACAGUAACACCUGAUCAAGUCAGUGAUCACGACAUCGAAUGCGAAAAGGAAAAAUGGGCUAAAAUCGCACUUACUCUAAGUUGUGACCAAGAGAAUAAUGAAGAGCAGAUAAUGCAAGAGGUGUUAAGCUUAUGUUCUUGGUAUGACGAAUACGAAAAGUCGAUUUCGAUGCCGGCACGUAAUACUGGUCAUUCGUCGUGUGAUCUAAGUGAUCAGUAUUCUGAGGAUGACGACGACGAUCAAGUGUUUUUGUCUUAUAUUCGGUCCAAUAAGCAAUCGAUUGUUGGCAGUAGUGGAAGUGUAAAAAAAUUGGAUUUGUCGUCAUAUUUUCAUCAACCAAAUUCAUCAACUAACAACACAAACGAUGCGGAUGGUAAUGAAUUACAUCUGUCAUCGUUACGUCUUCGAUCAAGUCUUUCUCGAUUCGACUCAUUCAAGUUGGCUUUUAAUGGCACUAUUAAAAAUACCAAUGAUAAUGAUUCUGUGCAUAAUUCAACUCAAGCUUUUUCAUCGAAAAACGUCGAUUCGACUGAUCCUUUGAAAGGAAUCAAAAGCAACAAUUCGUUAAGUUUGGAGAAGGCGUUUUAUGGUAUCGUUGAUGAAGAUAAUGACAAUCGAAUUCAAUCGUCAUAUCAGAUGAACGGUGCAUCACAAUCAGUUCUAUCGAAUGAUACGUUAAAGAAGAACCUCAGGAGUGAUUCGUCACAUUUAUACGAAAACAAACAAGUCAAAUCGGCGGCUGAUCAUGAUUUUUGGCUGGACGUGGAAUUUAGUUAA